AUGGCGAACCUCGAUGAAAUGGAAAAUAUUCCCAAGGCAAUUGAGAGAUACCCGGAGGGUCGUAUCCCCAAGAAAGCGCAUGGUAGAGCCGUGCUUGCCCGUGCCAACAAAACACAAAGAAGAACGACGGAAUCAGGGACUGAAAAUGAAAGCUCAGACGAUGAGGUCGCAGAUGACGAAGAUGAUGACGACGAGUCAGAUGAAGAUGACGACGGGGACGACGAGAGUGACCAGCCAGCGGCAUUUGCCCCGUCUCGUGGACAGAAGAAGCAGACGAUCCACGAGGCGGGGCGUCUUGCCGAAUACAGGCGUAUGUUUCAUAGUGAGGAUCCCAUCAUGUACGAGGACCCUCACGAUCUCUUUGGAGGAGUAAUCGAGGACGAUGAGGAUGACGACGAAUUUUAUCGAGCUGUUGAUGACAUCUCCGAUGAAGACGACCAGAGUGAAGGAUUAUUCCAGCCCAAUGGUGCUGGUGCUGGUGCUGCUGGAAGCUUUGUGAUAGAUCAAUCAAGUUCUACUUUCGCUUUCCCAGACCCCGAGCACGAAGCAGACUUCAUUCUUGAUCAAGUUGAUGGCCUCUCUGCCUAUGGAUUUGGCGACGACAUUGACUCGGGUGAUGGUUCUGGUGAUUUCUCAGCACCAUCCGAAGAUGGUGAUCUCUCUACCGUUCCUGAACGGCAUGUUCAUUUUGGGUCAGAUGUUGAAAAGAUGAACGCAUAUGGAAAGUCUAUCUCGCCGUCGCUUACCAGAGCCCUUCUUCCAUCUGCCAUGCCAUUUGAGCACGAAAAUCAUAUCUACGCCCCAGGCAAUACCUAUCAGACCUCCCAACACAAGGUCACAACGACAGUCGAAGAAGCAUACGAUAGUGAUGCUACAGAAGUGCUCAGCGGGCCACCGACCCCCCCUCCACGCACCACCAGUGUCACCAAUGGUACUACCCUAGAGGCCGAACAUGCAACACCUUCCACCCCUACCAAUGUCAGCUCUGGCAAGAACGGAAAACGAUCAUCUCGCCGCAGGAGGGGUCCACCCCGAGGCAUUUUCACCGUUGAUCAAGACAAGAGUUGGGCAAUCCUAGAUUCGACCGGCAAGAAGAUACUUCAGAUUCCGGCAGCAAACACCAAUCGACACGCUUGGCUCGACGAGAUGUCGCAGUCCACCUCGACUCCUUCCAACAGCGCAAGUCCGCUAAAUCCAUCUCUGAGAUUACAACAACAAGGGUUGUCAGUAAGCGGUGUUCUGUCAGCGAAGACUGGGGUCAUCAUCAACACUGCUAUCCCUGAUGUCAUGAUGGCAGGCCUCAACAGCAUUAACUCAAUUGCAGAGGGUGAUCAUGGUCAGACAGUCGGGCCGCCGGAAGCCUUCUACUCUAAUAGACUUCAACUUGUUGGCGGUGAUUAUGCCAUCUCGCCUGAACCGGAAUCCGAUGUGUACGACGACGAGGCUAUGCCGAUUACGCGGAAGCCUGGGUUCCCUCUUCAUGAGUUCCUAGAGGAUUUGGGAGACGAUGAAUCUGAUGAUGGUAAAUCUGAGUUACCAUUAUAUGCGCCUGCGGACGAUAACCUGACAGGUGAUAACGAUGCUUUGUUUGGGCAUCUGAACAAUAUGAAUGUCACGGCGUUUCGCCGAAGUGCCGAUCCAAUAUCUGCUACUCGUACUGGCACCUCGUACUCGUAUGAUGUGCAAAUGUCUCCGAUUGCAGAUUCAACCUUUGCGCUACCAGCAGUGCCGGUGCGGAUCCCAACCACCUCACACAAACGCAAGACCAGCAGCACCCCAUAUCAAGACGAGAAAAUCUAUGGAGACGUUACUCCUGUGGAGAGGAAGGUCAUCAAUGUAUCAAAGCGGCGCAAGAUGACCACGUGA